AAACAAACGUUAUAGAAAAGCACGACGUUGGGGCAGAUUUGUAGUAAUUAAGGGCUUUCUUUAAAUUAGGUUUUGUUGCAUAAAAUUCAGGGUUAGUUUUUGAAAGGAAUCGAUCGGCGAUGGCUUCCAUGGGCGAUAUUGCAGAAGAAGAAUCACCCUCACCUUUGAAGAAACUAAAGGGCCUUGAAAACUCGGUGCCGGUGGUCGAUUCAAAACUCGACGAAGGUGCUGCCGUCGAUGAUGACGAUUCCGAUGAUGGAUCGGGAUCAUGGGAUGAAAUCGAAGAGAGACACUUUUCCGAUGGAAACAGCAGCGAGGGUAUGGAGUUUGAGAACGACGACGACAGAAAAAAAUACAAAGAAUACAGACGCCAAUUCAAUGAAUCCGAUGGUUUUGACGUCACCACCUUCCCCAAAGUUUCAUUUAUCGGACGGGUUCAUCUGGUAAAUGUUGAUGAUCCCACCAGUUACAAUUUCGCCGGCUGCAAAAAGGCCCUUGAGUUGGUCAUUAACGAACAUAAUCGCCAAAAGAAUGCGGACUUGGAACUUGUGAGAAUUUUGAAGUCAAAUGCUUGUUGCUUUACCGUUUAUCGCACAACCUUUCUGGCUAAAAGUAAGUCUGACGAAGAAGUCCGAACGUAUCAAUCUGAGAUGUUUUACAGUGAUCUCUCCGGCAAUUAUAAAUCUUAUAUUUUUCGAGAAAAAGGUAACUAGUUUGUCUCUUCAAACUCAAUUUUAGCUUGAAUUGCUCCUACUUCUGUUCAGCUGCUUGUCCAUUUUAUAAGACUUGAGGACAAUACUUUUGUUUACCUUAACAGUGUUUCUCUGUAGAUCUUUGUAUUUGUCCUUCGGUAUUGCCUUAAGGACCCUUUUAAGAUCAUACACAUCACUCUCAUUCAGUUGUACUGCAAA